UCCCCGCCGCCGCCAUGUCGCUGUUCAGCUCCGCCAGGAUCCUGUCCGCGGCCGCCCAGCGCCCGGGGCCCGCCACCGCCCUCUGCCUCAGGGCCAGCUCUUGGUGGUCCCAUGUUGAAAUGGGUCCCCCGGAUCCUAUCCUUGGAGUGACUGAAGCUUUCAAGCGUGAUACCAACUCUAAGAAGAUGAAUUUGGGUGUGGGUGCAUACCGUGAUGAUAGUGGCAAGCCAUAUGUCUUGAGUUGUGUGCGAAAGGCUGAGGCAAAAAUUGCAGCUGACAAGUUGGACAAGGAGUAUCUCGCCAUUGGUGGGCUGGCAGAGUUCAACAAGGCAUCAGCAGCAUUGGCCCUAGGAGAGGCUAGCGAAGUCAUUAAGAGUGGGAAGUACAUCACCGUGCAGACCAUCUCUGGAACCGGAUCCCUGCGGAUCGGUGCCAGCUUUCUGCAAAGGUUCUACAAACACAGUAAAGACGUCUACCUGCCCAAACCGUCCUGGGGCAACCACACACCCAUCUUCAGAGAUGCUGGUUUGGAGCCCAAAAGCUACCGUUACUACGAUUCCAAGACUUGUGGUUUUGACUUCAAAGGGGCACUGGAGGACAUUACAAAAUUACCUGAAAAGAGCAUCAUCCUAUUUCAUGCCUGUGCUCACAACCCCACUGGAGUCGACCCAAAGCAAGAACAGUGGAAGGAGCUUGCUGCCGUGGUCAAACAAAGAAAUCUGUUCCCAUUCUUCGACAUGGCAUAUCAGGGCUUUGCCACCGGAAAUACGGACAGAGAUGCUUGGGCUGUGCGUCACUUCAUAGAACAAGGAAUUAACUUGGUGCUGUCUCAGUCCUACGCCAAGAACAUGGGGCUUUACGGUGAGCGUGUGGGCGCCUUCACAGUGGUCUGCAAUGACGUGGACGAGGCAAAACGAGUGGAAUCCCAGCUGAAGAUUCUAAUCCGCCCCAUGUAUUCCAACCCACCCAUGAAUGGGGCUCGCAUUGCGACCACGAUCAUGAAUAUCCCAGAUCUCAGAAAAGAAUGGUUAGAGGAGGUGAAGGGAAUGGCCAACCGCAUUAUCAGUAUGAGAGAGCAGCUGGUGUCCAACCUGAAGAAGGAAGGCUCCAUUCACAACUGGCAGCACAUCAUUGACCAGAUCGGAAUGUUCUGCUUCACUGGCCUCAAGCAAGAGCAGGUGGAACGUCUGAUGAAGGAGUUCUCGGUUUACAUGACCAAAGAUGGCCGCAUCUCUGUUGCUGGAGUCAGUUCUUCCAAUGUGGGUUACCUGGCACAUGCCAUCCACCAGGUCACCAAGUAAAGCUCUGGGAAAGGUGGGGAGACGAGGACCUGACUGCUUUCUCUCCAUAAAUACAAGUUCACUUUCAACCCCAGUAGGAGAUUGGAGAGCUGUAUAGCAGUGAGAUACUGUAGUGUUACUAUGUGACAAAUUAAUAAGAAGGUCUGAUAUCAAAUCAAUCCACUUGAGUGUGUGUUUGGAGUACAUGAGGCAUAGCCCAUCAGGAGAUUGCAUUUCCCUCUGUGUAUAAACUGUUCCCUAUUGUAGAUCACUGCUCUGUGGCAGUAAUAUCAGCCCGUGGUUUGGGUCAGUGUGUGAACCCCGCUGGCUGGGUGUCCACCCCCAGGGUGAAGGCUGCUACUACCUCCCAGGAAAACACAAUCCUUGUCCUUCAAAUUUAUGCUGCUUAAUGUUCUCAUAUCUUUGUGUAGAUGAGACUGUGCAGCUCUGACCUCCCCACCCUGACUAAUCUGUUCAUUGCCUGGUGAGCUCUGCUCCAUGUCCUCUGUGUAAAUCUAUCCUGUUAGUGUGAUUGGUCAAUCCAAUUGUGGGGGUGUGGGCGGGGGGUGGGGGUAAAUGAUUGUAUUGAUGUGGAAUUAAACUCUAGAUGUUGCGGUGCUUAUACAUGGUGACGUGCUGAAUGUGAGUGUCGAGGCUUCGGGUCUGUCCUGUACAGCUUUGCUAACGGCUGAAACCAUAACCACGAUAGCAAUAACUCCAGUGUUUGGGUAGUGGGGCAGUGUGUGCUGCUUACUUGAUAUCUUUGCUUGGAUAUUUGCCAUUGAAUGUAUGUUGAGUACACCUGCUGCUGCCACUGCCGCCACCUGCUCUCUUUGUGUAAUAAUAAUAUUACCCAAAUCUGUGCCAAGGAAAUAUGAGGAAUUUCUUGUGCUUUCUUUGCAACACAGAUUUGUUUGUCCAGCUGAAAUAGCUCAAAGAUUCCUGGUAUUUUGUUUUAUUUUAACAUCUAACCUCUACUACGCCCUUUUUCAGACCACCGUCCGAUUUUUCACAUCCAGUCCCAUCUCACUCCCAACGGGUCCUCCAUUUACAUUUGCUCUGAACUAUUUCUGUUCUUGUUGUGUACAUUACACAAAGGCCUGACCAAUGAUAUAAAGUACAAUUGGUCAGGUUGCUAAAGUGAGCUUUAAUGCUUUAGAUGCAACAAGAUUGCUAGAGUGUGUGUCACUUGUUAUGAUGUCUAACUACGGUUGGAAGAUCUGGCUGUGCUAAGUUCAAGUAACUCCUGCUGCUUACCUUCAUACUCAUUCUUCAAUUGACAUCUUGCAAGAAAUUACGGUUCCUUCUGUUCAACUCGUCAUUAAAAUUUCUUGUAGUCAGUGUGUGGGCUCCGUUGUGCAAACUCCCAACAUGGUAGAAUGGAUUUCACAGCGUCACCAAUUGGUUUAAGUGUCCUGUCAGCUGCUGCUUUCUUAUAUUAACCCCCAGACUGGGGAGGCCACUGACCACACUGGGCAUGAUUGGGAUUGUUGAUGUGAUGGCAAGCUCAGAUCUGCCACCAGUUCACAUGGUUGUAUCGAAAAACAUAAUCUGGGCUUUACAAACCUGUACUCAGUCAUUCAAUAAAUAAUUACAGAAAUUAACCAA